AUGAUGGAGACUAUGAAUAAGCUAUCGACCUCUGACCAUGCUUCGGUGGUCUCGAUUACUGUAUUUGUCACACUCCUUUGCGCAUGUAUUGUGAUUGGUCAUCUACUGGAGGAAAAUCGUUGGAUAAACGAAUCAAUUACCGCCCUUAUUAUUGGUUUAUGCACUGGAGUUUUAAUUCUACUUGCAAGCGGAGGGAAGAGCUCACAUCUUUUGGUUUUCAGUGAGGAUCUUUUCUUCAUUUAUCUGCUUCCUCCCAUCAUUUUCAACGCUGGGUUCCAAGUAAAGAAGAAACAAUUCUUUCGUAAUUUCUCGACUAUUAUGCUGUUUGGAGCAGUUGGUACAUUGAUAUCCUUCAUCAUCAUAUCACUAGCAAUUGGAGCUAUUUUCGCUGCAACAGAUUCGGUCUGCACACUGCAGGUUCUAAGUCAAGAUGAAACACCAUUACUCUACAGUCUGGUAUUUGGAGAAGGCGUUGUAAAUGAUGCAACAUCAGUGGUACUAUUCAAUGCAGUCCAGAGUUUUGACCUCACGCACAUCAACACCACUGUUGCUUUGCAGCUGAUUGGAAAUUUCGGCUACUUAUUUCUCUCUAGUACUGUGUUGGGAGUUGUAACCGGACUGCUUAGUGCAUACGUCAUAAAGAGGCUCUAUUUUGGAAGGCAUUCCACUGAUCGUGAGGUUGCAAUCAUGAUGCUUAUGGCUUACUUGUCGUACAUGCUGGCAGAACUAUUCUAUUUAAGCGGCAUCCUCACUGUUUUCUUCUGUGGUAUUGUGAUGUCACACUACACCUGGCAUAAUGUGACGGAGAAUUCGAGAGUAACCACGAAGCACACUUUUGCAACAUUGUCAUUUGUUGCCGAGACAUUCAUAUUUCUUUAUGUUGGCAUGGAUGCUCUUGACAUUGAAAAGUGGAGAGUUGUAAGUGACAGUCCAAAAACAUUAUUCAAGGUCAGUGCAACUUUACUGGGAUUGGUUUUGCUUGGAAGGGCAGCCUUUGUCUUCCCCUUGUCUUUUUUGUCGAACUUGACCAAGAAGACCGAGAAAAUCGAGUUUAAGCAGCAAGUUACAAUAUGGUGGGCUGGUCUUAUGCGUGGUGCUGUGUCAAUGGCCCUAGCUUACAACCAGUUUACUAGGGCUGGUCACACCCAGUUACAUGGCAAUGCCAUCUUGAUAACUAGUACCAUCACAAUUGUGCUCUUCAGCACUGUGGUCUUUGGCUUGAUCACGAAACCUCUCGUGAGACAUCUAAUGCCUUCGUCCAAAAAUUUAAGCAGAAUGAGCUCCUCAGAACCCAUCACGCCUAAAUCUCUGCACGCGCCCCUUCUUGGAGAAAGUCAAGAUUCUGAGGCCGACCUUUUCGGGCACGGGCUGGCCUCGGAAGCCCGUGAGGACGGUCAGACCGCACCCCGCCCCAGCAACUUACGUCUGCUUCUGACGAAACCCACGCGUACUGUCCACUACUACUGGAGAAAAUUUGAUGAUGCUUUUAUGCGUCCCGUUUUCGGUGGCCGUGGGUUUGUUCCGUACAUACCUGGAUCGCCAGUCGAUCAAAGCAUGCAUGCCGGGAAGCACUGA